AGGCGGAAAACAAAGAACCCAGAGAAGCCGACACCGGGAAGCAAAAAGCCGCACAGAGCAAACCAGGGCCCACAAAGAGUCACCACAUCGCAAUGACACCGAGGAGACAAUUACUCACCUAAGCGGCUUACCACAGCACUCACUUAGCACACCACCAACUCCCAG